AAAUCCAGAAGUUCCGGGCCGAAACUACGACAAUUUUCCGCUGAAUGUAAAGAAGACUGGCAGAUUGCAAACGCGCCCGGAUACCAGGGCGAUUGGUUCAAAGCCCGUCGAAUGCUUCCCAAGGCAAUCUUAAUACUUGGCGCCUAGUCACAGAUGCUGUAUCGAGACGAGGGAAUGGAGACGAAAUGCAAAGGAACGAGCCGUAACCUUCCUUACGAGCCAAUGAUGAAAGGGCUUCUAUCUGUACGAUUGUUUUUCAGUAUUCCAGAGGGCCUGAGAGAAGAAAAGGAUGUCCGUCAUCAGUCAAGUCGUUCAUGUCACCGACUAGCAAAAAUGUCUAUAAAUCAGUAAGGAACCCCCACGGCUUUUGAGAAAAGAUAACUAUUGAUUGCCAUCAAAUAGUUGAGAGUUAGAUAUCUUUAUUUCUCACUCUACUAUCAAUAUCAAUAUCAAUUAGCUAUCUACUCGUGUGACUUACGUCACGGCAUAACCCUUCUUGACUUCAUUCACAAAUUCAUAAGCUUUACUGGACCAAAUUUUGGUCUCUCACUUGAAUAGUCAUGCCUCAAUCCCUGUCAUCCUCUAUGCAAGGCUACUAUGGAUCGGAGAAGUAAGUUUUUUGUUUCCCGUCCGCAAAUGAAUGGAUUGGAUCAUCAUUUAACCGAAUUCAUCUAAUUAUUUUUAUAGAGCUGUGGAAGAUAUCCCACACGCUACUGCUUCUAUGAAGAAACAACCCCAAAAUCCAUUCUCCCUUUCAUAUAACUUGAGCCGGUUCACAUCCGUCAAUUCUGCACCUCCAUUGGCUUUUCGGGAGCCAGUUCCGCUUGCCGAACGCAUUAGUGGUGCGAGACAUACCAUUAAGGACUUCGACGCGAAGAUGAGCAGAGGCUAGAAGGCUUUUUCUCCUUGUUGAUCUAAGGAAGGACAAGGCUGAUGAAAAUACCUUGUCGUGCCUUAUUUUAGGGUAAAAUUGCCAUCAUAAAGCCUCGGGUGGACUGCUAAUACAUAAUCACAGAACUCAUCUGACCUCGUUACACGUCAUCAUCUCGAGGAGAGCAAAUCGUUCCACCGUGCCCUCAGAUCCAACAGAGGCCCUUCGACCGAAAGUGAGUCUAUUCAAGAGCAACCAAGUUAUUCCUCUCGACUCGCUCGAUUAUUUAUUGGGCAAUGAAUGAGCUUUUGUGAUUCCAAGUCCUCUCUCAAAAUUUCCGAUUCUUGAUAAAUCAGGUCGGAGAUGAUUUAUGGAAAUGGAAAAUGUCAAGCCUCUAAGUGGAGCAGCAGCCAAGGGACACCAUUUGACGCCGGCUUCCACGUCCCGAGAUCUAUAAAUGAGGGAAAUUCUUCAAAAGAUCAAAUGCGGGGUAAUGGGGCAUUGAAUUUAUCCAUACCUUACGGGUAAUAUAUAUUACAUUUUGCCAUAUUAUUGUUGUUUUGUUGUUGAAUUUUUUAUUUAAAAGGUUGCGGACCGUUGCGUUGUUCAACAUGGAGAAAAGCUUAUUUCUUCCCACCCGAGGGAUCCAAGUGUUUGGCUUGAAGUGCCUACCUGUAAUAAUAGUCACAAUUGAUUUUUCACAUUCGAUCAGAUAGACGAGAUCUUUGCCAACCUUGGAAGUGAGGGAUCUUAUGGAUUCAAACAUCCCAAACA